UUGUUGCAUUAGUCUACAUGUAGGUCAGAAGAAGACACCCUGAUGUCUUUGGAAUUUGUCUUUGGAGGUUGAAGAUUUAAACUUAUGCGUGCAUGCAAGGACCAGCAAUAAGAAUUUAGGAACUUUGAAGGCUAAGAUGGAUGCAGUUGUUCGUAAGGUGAUAGUCAGAAACAGAGCCAAGAAAUUUCUUGGGUUGGAGGAUGAAGAAUCUGUUGAAGAGCGUCGCCAGAGAUGGAAGAACCGCCGUGAACUUAUCUACCGUGGUGGUAUCGCACCAGAAAAACCUACAACUCAGGCAGAUGGAAGGGGAGCUCGUCGAUGUCGACCACAGCCCCUGAAGAAAAAGGCAGCAGUAACAACCAUAACAUGGAACAAAGCUAAGACUAUUGUGGGAGUAUUAAGAUCAAAGAAGGAAAGAAACUUGGCGUGUUCGGGAGAAGUUUUGCUCCAGUGUGUUUAGACAGAUAUGUGGAUACCAAACCAGAGUUUUCUAAGUUUAUCAAUGAGAGAUUUUAUGAUGAGUUACCACCUAGCACUACUGAUGACACAUCACAUGCAGACCGCCCCUCCUUACCAAGCAUGAGUUUUAAUGACAUGCCGAUGAGAGAUCUGUCCCCGAGUAAAAAAGAGAAGCCUGUUCCACCGGAGCCAGGGAUGAGCCGACUGUUUCGAGGGGUGGCUGAGACUGAGAAGGAGCGGCGACAAGCUCUGGUUCUUAGUAUGGAAGAGAACACAUGUGAAGCACUUAGUGGAAAUUGUUGUGGUGACGAUGAAAGAAAUGAUGAAACCAAAAGGCCAUACUUUACCUGGUUCAUCACGUUUACACAGACAGUCAUUAUGAUCACCGCUCUGGCUUUGUAUGGCGUGUCAAACUUCGGAGCUGGAGAGGUCACCAUUGAUGACUGGGUGAGAAAACCAAACAUGGCCAUUGAGUCAGUCCGACGAUCAGAGUUUGGGAAUAUAUGGCUUGGUCCAUCACAGGCUGACCUCAUACAUUUGGGAGCCAAAUACUCGCCCUGUAUGAGGAAAGACCCCAACCUUGCUCAUGUUAUGGAUCUAGAUCGUGAAGAAGAGCUAACAUCAGGUUGCUGUAUUCGUGACGACAAUACUGGCUGUGUUCAGACUGUCAAAUCCCGCUGUAGUGGUAUCCUGUCUACGUUUAUGAAGUGGAAUAAGACACACCCCAGUAAAGAUGGCUUCAUGUCUGGACCUGUGUGUGGACAAGAUCCAGCCUAUUGCAAAAAUCCAGUAUCCAAAAGUCCAUUUGAGUGGGAUAAAAAUGACAUGACACAGUGGCCUAUUUGUACAGAGACUAACAAUCCAGGCCAUCUUGGGACAGUCUCUGUCUCUCAGGAAGACAGACACAUGUCCUGUGACUUGCUUGGUCGUCCUUGUUGCCAUGGUAUCCAGGGCGAGUGUAUGAUCACAUCCCGAGAACACUGUAAAUUUCUGAAAGGAUUCUAUCAUGAGGAGGCCUUCCUGUGUUCUCAGGUUAACUGUAUGGCCGAUGUGUGUGGUAUGAUACCGUUUGUUUAUGAGGAUAGACCUGACCAGUUCGGCCGUGUGUUCUCGGCUUUCCUCCUACAUGCUGGGCUGUUCCAUCUCCUGAUCACCAUCCUGUUUCAAAUGGUUGUGAUGCGGUAUGCAGAGAAUUUGAUUGGCUGGAAGUUCAUGGCUAUUAUAUAUUGUGGCAGUGGUGCUGUGGGCAGCCUUGCUAGUUCUGUUCUACUUCCCUACCAGGUUGAGGUUGGACCUGCUGGUGCGCAGUUUGGAGUCUUAUCUGUGUUUUUGGUGGAUUUGCUUGGCCAUUAUUUGCAGCACCGACAGGAAAAGGGUAGUCGUGAUCAGAAAAAGCGCCUCUGCACAUGGCUUGCAAUUUUCGUUGUCAUCAUGUUGAUCCUGUUUUUCCUGGGACUGUUCCCCUGGUUAGAUAAUUGGGCUCAUAUGUUUGGAUUUUUCUUUGGUCUUUUGAUGUCCACGAUUCUGGUCGAGGACUUUGGCAUGCAAGUAAAUUUUAUGAAACGUUGGGUUGUAGUUUUGGUUUCUUCCAUUCUUGCAUUACUUAUGAUAGUAAUGCUCAUUAUCAUAUUCUAUGUGGUGCCUAUUACUGAGGGUGAUGUCAUCUCUUACUUCAACUGUAUCCCGAUCACUAAAACCUUCUGUAAAAACAUGGAUGUGAGUAUCAACCGAGGCUCCACGUAUACUGCCCUGCUCUAAGUGCCUUUUACUGUUUCAGCAGAAUUCAUAGGACUUCAAUAUAUUCUCUAUUAAUUAUAAAUAAUUGUACUUUAAAAUAGGACAGCUGUUUAAUAAGAAUAUUUCAGUCUUUUUGAGAUGUUUUUAUUUAAUAGGGGCUAUUCAAAUUGCCUUUCGUCUGUGGUCCAUAGUCGGUCCGUCCAUAAUGUUCUUCACGGAUCUUUCUCAAAUUUCACCCGUUUUUGGUCCAUAGUUAUACAUGUUCCAUAUUAAGACUGAUGAGAAAACAAGAUGGCCGACAGGUGGCCAUUUUGAAUUUUGACACUUGAAGUUUGUUAACGUUAUGUCACAGAAAGUUCUUCAUAGAUCUUUCUCAAAGUUCAACUGUAGGUUCCCCUUGGUCCCUACUUGUGCAUGUUCCAUAUGGAGUUGUUAUGGAUAUUUCUUGAAUUUCAUUUAAAUUCCUCUAGUAUUAGUUAAAGUUUGUUAACCCUAUUUCAUUCCAUUGUCAAUUUUCCAAAUGAUUAAGAGGAAGAAGAGAAAAGUAGGGAAAAGAUUGUUAGGGAAAAGAUCAGUCUUACAAAGAUCCAAUAAAACCUUUUUCAAAUGUGGGCACCAAGAUCCCUCUGGGACGUAUUGUUAAAACUUGAUUUCUAAUAAAUUGAUGUCAUGGAUUGUGAUCUAAUGGAAUGUAAUUGAUCUGCUGUAGAAAUGUGAUUCAUUUAUCUGUUGUAAUAU